CACAGUUACAUAACGUGGACUUUAUUCUGUAGACCUACACGUAUAAUAGGAAAUUUCCACAUUUGUUCCCCAAGGAGGGUUAUAUAAUACCACAAUGGAAGCCAAGCCAGUUAAAACUAUAGAUGGAGGUGGCAAUGUAAUGAAACUAAUGAAGAUUGGUGACAGAUUGAUCAGUAAAGAUUUGGCUGGCAAAUGGUGUGGUAUGUGUGACAUAAAAGCAAGAGUUGAUGACGUAUUUAUAGUGGAGUAUCUCAAGUCAGGACUUCAUUGGGUGUAUGAAAUUGUGUCUAUGCUACGCAGUGGACAAACUGAGCUAAUGCUCAGUGCUAUGGAAUCAACUCAUAUGGAAGCAGUGAGUCCAGCAAUGGUGGAUCAGAUGCCAUCACCAAGAACUCUAUGUACACAUCGCUACCCUGCCGAAUUACCACGUAAUCUGACAGAUUUGAAAUGUAAAGUAAUUCUACUGAUAAGAAAUCCAAAAGAUGUAUGUGUUUCUGAUUUUUACCUCCUGCGAGAAAUAAAAGAAUACGAGUAUGAAGGUUCCUUUAACGACUUCAUUUCCUUAUUCAAAAGAGGUGAUGUCGUCAUGAACUCGUGGGAUAGACAUUUUUUUCAUUGGAAGAAAUUUAAAUGUGAAAAUCCAAACUACCCCAUACAUACAGUUAGGUAUGAAGACUUGAAAACGAGACCAGCUGAGGAGAUUAAAAAGAUAGCCGAUUUUCUGGAUAUUGAAUGUCCAGAAAAGACGUGUCAAGACAUUGCCAAGGCAACCGACUUUCCAAAAAUGAAACAACAGAAGGAAUCGCUUACGCACUGGUUUAUAUCUAUGUAUAAAAGUGGGAAAGAAGCAAUGUAUAGAAAAGGACAAAUUGGAGACUGGAAAAAUCAUUUUUCGUCUACAGAAUCAGAAUCUUUUGAUGCUUAUUAUCGUGGUAUAUUAGAUCCUCUUGAUCAUAUAUAUCUAACAGAUAAACCUUCACCUGAACAAUCAAACUAAACUUGUGGUAUAUUAGAUCACCUUGAUCAACUGAACAAUCAAACUAAACUCGUGGUUUAUUUGACCACCUUGAUCAACUGAUCAAUCAAACUAAACUCGUGGUAUAUUAUAGAUCCUCUUGAUCAUAUAUAU